AUGAACGCCAUAUAUAUUCAGUCAUUGCCGUCGCGAGCACAGGACCUAGACAAACCCAUAACCCCGCCACCUGGCGACGAGGAUCCAAGCACAAAGAAGCGCCAAUGGCGAGUCUCCGUCCGCGUCAAUGACCACCCUGCUACGCCGACCGUCAUCGAGGAUCCUUUUGUUGAGGCCGACUACACCACCGUCUUUGAGCAUUACUUGCGAAGCUCCAAUGGAUCCCUCUGGGGCCUACAAAGCUUGGUUCCCGCGGGGGAUGCCUUUGAUGGAUUAUCCUCGGCAGAAGACCGUAUCGAAGCGUACGAGCACCACGACGGCGACCAAACCAGCAGGGCCAUCGGGGGCAUUCAUUGCCUCGCUUGGGAGCUGCUGGAAUCCGUCAGAAUCCGUCGUUAUCCCAAACUGCGUCUGCGGGUGACUCGAGUCUGCGAUUUCCCCGCGCGGCACUGCGUCCGCCUGCCGACAUGUUGCGCGCCCCGACUGGCUUCCGUUCAGGCAGAUUCACGCGCGGCCUUUAGGAUUCUUCUCGUCAUUGCGCGAGACUUUAGUCGCACCGGCUUUGAGCGAGAUCCCGAGCCAGACUUGGCCCAGUGGCCCUUGAUGAAGCUCCAAGACAGACUAGGCAGCCGCCUCACCCUCGAGAUUGUCCGACCCGGUAGCCUGGACGAAUUGGAGCGACAUCUGGAGCUGCGGGCCGAGCAGAAGAUCUUGUUCAACUUGGUGCAUUUCGACCUGCACGGACGCAUCAUGCGCGAUGAGGCUGGCACCAUGGUACCCUGGCUUUUGUUUGCCAGACGACACGUCCCCAGCAACACCGGGUUUUCUGUUCCGCAAACACAGCUAGAAAAGGCGGAGGAUGCCGCCCGAGUGCUCGCGCGCUUUCAGAUCGAAAACGCCGUCCUCAACGCCUGUCUGUCGGCCUACAACCGAUCGGGUCCAACCACCAACCUGGCGCACAUAUUUUUGCGGCGUGGUGUCUCCAACGUCUCGGCCAUGUGGUUCUACGUGCACUGGAGGACGGCUGCGACUUACGUUGAUGCGUUUUACGACAUGCUGCUCGUCAAGUGUGUGGAAUUCCACACGGCGGCACAGCGUGCCAGAGAGGCUCUUCGCCAGCAACCGACUGCCAUUACUGGACGGAUCCAUCAAGACUUUUUCCUCUGCGUCAAUUACGCACGCGUAGUCGACAACCGGACCACCACCAGCAGCAGCAGCAGCAGCAGCACCAGCUGGUUCCGCCAACUAAGCCCCUGUCGUUCGGCAAGGUCACAGGAGUCGGCCAUGUCCACGUCCACGUCCACGUCCACAUCCACGUCCGACUGCUUUCCAAGGGCCCUGCUUGACAGGCCUGCUGCCGUCGGAGACAGCAGCAUCAUCGCUAGGGGAUAUGAGCCGACAAUCCGCCUGCAGCUGCAUCUCCUGGAACUCGAGUACAAGCUCCUGACGUUCAAAGUCAUCUACGCGAGUGACCUGAACAAGGAAGAUUCGCACCUGGACGCCACCAUGGACAUGAUGGUGGACAUGUGGCUCAAGACGAACCUCAUCGGCGAGGUGCGCUACUACAAGGCCAAAGACUUUGCAAGACGAGGGAUCCUGUCCCGCAACGCGUGCGUCUCCCCCCGAGAGAAGCGUACGAGGGCCAGCAACAGGGCUUCGCCGCAGCGAUGGUUGUCCAAGAGCACGGCGGGUUCGCUGCGGCAAACGCUACAUGUCGUGCGGGAGGUGGACGCCGUGGUCGCCCCGGGGUUUCAGACGGACGAGCUGGAAAACCUGCGGCACGAAAAGCGACGGCUCCUAGCGCAGGACGGCUUACAAAAGUUCGCCGACAAGCUGCGCCAGGAGGGCCACAGCUGUCUGAUCAUGUUGGGGAGCCAGAACGCGCAAUGGUGGCGGACCUACCUCGAGCAUUUGGAUGGCGAGUGGUGGCCCGACAUGCCGUGGGGAUCAUGUGAAUUGCACGACAGAUGCGGCAGGACUGGGAGCGUCGGGGGCGUGCCGGCGACGGGGCCAGUAGGCAAGCACUUGACGUGGGGGAGGGAUGGGAACGUCUAG